GGCUGGUUUUACUUGAUGCUCUUGCCGGUCUCUUGUCUCCAGCGCUAUGCUCGCUAUGCUACCCGUGGUCCAGAAUAACAGCAGGUUGGGCCGCCUUCUUUCAACGCUCUACGUCACAUUCAGCUUCCUAGUAAGCGAAUUCAAAUAGAAUACAGCCCCAUCUUCCCGCAACACUGACAAGGUCAGCGACCAAGGACCACAUACCACAUUUGGGGAUAGACCGCGCCUAUAUUCGCAAAAGUAAACAGUGAGCACUGAGAGCCAGCUGGGUCAGAGAUGCCACCCCCUGCCGCAGGCCCCCCAGCAGUGACCCCUCCGGACGGGGGCUGGGGCUGGGCCGUGGUCCUGGGAUCCUUCAUCUCCAUCGGCUUCUCCUACGCCUUCCCCAAGGCCAUCACCGUCUACUUCAAGGACAUACAGAAGAUCUUUGAUUGCUCCUACAGCCAGAUAGCAUGGAUCUCCUCCAUCAUGCUGGCCGUCAUGUACGCAGGCGGUCCCAUAAGCAGUGUACUGGUAAACACAUAUGGCUGCAGACCUGUCAUGAUCAUGGGGGGAGUACUGUCUUCUAUCGGGUUGAUAUCCGCUUCCUUCUGCAACAGCGUGGUGGAGCUUUAUGUUUGCAUCGGUCUUAUAGGAGGCCUGGGCCUAGCCUUUAACCUUCAGCCAGCCCUGACUAUGAUUGGCAAGUACUUCUAUAAGAAGCGUCCCAUCGCUAACGGAAUAGCCAUGGCCGGUAGCCCCGUGUUCCUGAGCAGCCUAGCCCCUUUCAACCAGUACCUGUUCAACUCCUUCGGCUGGAGGGGCAGCUUCCUCAUCCUGGGAGGCAUACUGCUCAAUUGCUGUGUGGCUGGCGCCCUGAUGAGGCCCCUGGGGCCACCGCUGGGCAAAAUCAAGAAGGAUGAGGAGUUGGUCGUUGCCAAAACCGCCACCAAGAAGAAGGAGACGACCACUUGUUUGGGGACUGUCAACAAGUUCAUUGACCUGUCGCUUUUCAAGCACCGCGGUUUCCUCAUCUAUCUGUCGGGCAACGUCAUCAUGUUCUUGGGCUUUUUCUCGCCAAUCGUCUUCCUGACGGCCUAUGCCAAGGACAUAGGCGUGGACGAGUACUCGGCCGCCUUCCUGCUCUCCAUCCUGGCCUUCGUGGACAUGUUUGCCCGGCCCUCCAUGGGGCUCCUGGCCAACUCCAAGUGGAUCCGGCCCAGAAUCCAGUACUUCUUCAGCUUCGCCGUGCUCUACAACGGGGUGUGCCACAUCCUCUGCCCCCUGGUGGAGAGCUACACAGGCCUGGUGGUGUACGCCGUGUUCUUUGGCUUUGCGUUCGGCAUGGUCAGCUCGGUGCUGUUUGAGACCCUGAUGGACCUGGUGGGGGCUCAGAGGUUCUCCAGCGCCGUGGGGCUCACCACCAUUGUGGAGUGCUGCCCUGUCCUCAUUGGUCCACCCCUGGCAGGUAAACUGGUGGACAUCACCAAAAACUACAAGUACAUGUAUUUCUGCUGUGGGGCUGUGGUGAUCAUGGCCAGUAUUUGGCUGUUCAUCGGCAACUUCAUCAACUACAGACUCCUGGCCAAGGAGCGCAAGCAGGAGGAGAUGUACAAACGGACUGAAACCGAGGACCCUGACCGGGACCAGGACCAAAAGGAGACAGACGGGGAUGCCCAGGCCUUGGAGGACAUGGUAGACCCCAAAGAUGAGGACGCCAUGCAGAGGGAGACCAACAUCUAGAGCCCCUCCCUACUGCCAACCACACCCCCCUCCAACACCACCCUCACGUCCCCCUCUGCCACUAUCAAACUGCAGACUGAGCUCAAGUGGGGUGCCUCCUGGUCUUUCACUCUCCAGGGUACUGCUCGGGGGCCUCCCCGCAGGGGCCCCUUUGUUUCAGAGACACUGAAACUGCCAAAGUAACAACGACAACCAUGUCGUGGGAUACUGCAAGGCGUAUUGCUGGAGGAAGGGGUGACUGCCCUGACUACUACUCAGACAUCAGACUAGCCGGAGAUAAUGGUGUAAGAUACUGAACGCAUGUUAGAGGAGGCCACAAGGCUUGGAAUAUGAGAAAGAAGCUUUUGUCGCGUAUCUAGGAAUCUGUGCGACCUGUUGACAGAAAUCUAGUACUGCUCAUGUAUUUAGUCUGUGACACUAAACCUACCACACCAGCAACCCAAUUCAACUGUUCUGAUUGAAAUCAAUACAGAUUAAUAUCCCAGCUUCCUAUGCUGGGAGCUGACAUGCGAGGACACAUAAUGUCUGUUAUUACCAGGGUUAUGGCGAGAGACAGAUAUCGUUGCAACACAGGAACAGAGAUGAGUUCAUGGUUUGGUGGCUCCAGUGACCAUGUAUUAUACUGUCCUUUAGCACACGGUGUCCGUUGUGUUCGUUAGCUAAACCUGCACAACUGCCAAGCUUCUAAUCUAACAAUAACACACCCGCUGUUUUAUUCACUAUUGCAUAUUGCACAUGGAGUCCGUAUACGCUGCACUACUUCUAAACUGGCCAUGUUUAGGCCUCAUCCAAAACAACAAUGAAACAAAUGCAAUUUAAUCAUAUUUAAUGAGGUUGAAUGUAAAUUAGUUUUAUUGGCUGUAUUUUCAAUGGCCUUAUUAAGAAUACUUGAUAUUCACAAUCAAAAUCAUCUAGAAAUGUGCAUAUUGCUGGUUUAUACCAAAUAAAGAAUCCAUGAGCAAUAUAACCUAUUCCUAGCCAUUGUUUUGAUGUACGUAUAAACAGGGAUAUUCAUUUGUGUAGUCAAUGGUCAUUUCUGGGAGUAGCUGUUUAACUUUCCCCAAUGAUACAUUGCCUUAUGUAAAGAAUGCAUCUAAGUUGUGUCAUAUAUACAGUACCAGUCAAAAGCUACUCAUUCAAGUGUUUUUCUUUAUUUUUACUAUUUUCUACAUUGUAGAAUAAGAGUGAAGACAUCAAAACGAUGAAAUAACACAUAUGGAAUAAUGUAGUAACCAAAAGAAGGUUAAGCAAAUCAAAAAAAUAUAUAUUUGAGAUUCUUCAAAGUAGCCACCCUUUGCCUUAAUGACAGGUUUGCACACUCUUGGCAUUCCCUCAACCAGCUUCACCUGGAAUGCUUUUCAAACAGUCUUGAAGGAGUUCCCACAUAUGCUGACCACUUAUUGGCUGCUUUUCCUUCACUCUACUGUCCGACUCAUCCCAAACCAUCUCAAUUGGGUUGAGGUCAGGUGAUUGUGGAGGCCAGGUCAUCUAAUGCAGAUGACCUCUCCUUCUUGGUCAAAUAAAAGGACAAUAAUAAUUGUCCUUUUGAAAAACAAAUGAUUCCCACUAAGUGCAAACUAGAUGGGUUGGAGUAUCGCUGCAGAAUUCUGUGGUAGCCAUGCUGGUUAAGUGUGCCUUGAACUCUAAAUAAAUAAUUGACAGUGUCACCAGCAAAGCCUACUCUGCAUCUCACAAAGACACUGUGGUUGGAAAGAAAACAUCUCAAAAUUGGAAUCAUCAGACCAAAGUACAGAUUUCAACUGGUCUGAUGUCCAUUGCUUGUGUUUCUUGGCCCAAGCAAGUCUCUUCUUAUUAUUGGUGUCCUUUAGUAGUGGUUUCUUUGCAGCAUUUCGGCCUGAUUCAUGCAGUCUCCUCUGAACAGUUAAUGUUGAGAUGGGUCUGUUACUUGAACUCUGUGAAGCAUUUAUUUGGGAUGCAAUUUCUGAGGCUGGUAACUCCAAUCAACUUAUCCUCUGCAGCAGAGGUAACUCUGCGUCUUCCUUUCCUGGGGCGGUCCUCAUGAGAGACAGUUUCAUCAUAGCGCUUGAUGGUUUUUGCGACUGCACUUGAAGAAACGUUCAAAGUUCUUGAAAUUUUCUGAAUUGACUGACCUUCAUGAUUUAAAAUAAUGAUGGAUUGUCGUUUCUCUUUUCCUCUUUCAGCUGUUCUUGCCAUAAUAUGGACUCAGCCUUUUACCAAAUAGGGAUAUCUUCUGUAUACCACCCCUACCUUGUGACAACACAACUGAUUGGCUUAAAAGCAUUAAGAAGGAAAUAAAUUCCACAAAUUAACUUUUAACAAGGCGCACCUGUUAAUUUAAAUGCAUUCCAGUUGACUACCUCAUGAAGCUGGUUGAGAGAAUGCCAAGCUGUCAUUAAGUCAAAGGGUGGCUACUUUGAAGAACCUCAAAUAUAAAGUAUAUUUAGAUUUGUUUAACACUUUUUUGGUGUGUUAUUUCAUAAUUUUGAUGUUUUCACUAUUAUUCUACAAUGUAGGAAAUAUUAAAAAUAUAGAGAAACCCUAUAAUGAGUAGGUGUGUCCAAACUUUUGACUGGUACUGUGUAAUAUAUAUAUAUUAGAAAGUAUUUAUUGAAGUGUUAUAGAAAUUACCAAAUUAACAUGCCUAUUGUGAAACGGUUAAACAGCUUCUUAUGUGACCUUAAUUUUCAAGUACAGUAUUUCUUCCUUUCAACUCUAACUCUCUUAAAUGACUUUUGUGGGAAGUUGUAGUAAGCUUAAUGUUUGCUUGAAGAAUUUUGUCAGCAAUUUCUAUUAACAUAAUAAUGAAGAUCGUUUAACCAACUGUGUACAGUACCAUAUGUACUCAAUUCAAAGUAUAGCUUCACUUAAUUAAUAAUAUCAUUGCACCACAAACGUUAUACAUAUUAAUAUGAUUUAAUAUAUGUUUAAUAAUAAUUUGUACAAAUAAUAUGCAAAUAAUGACCUAAAUUAACAAUAAUUAACUAAAUGAUGUUAUAUGCUAUAUAUUUUAAUGUGCAAUAUACCAUAACAUUGUUUGACAUUGAUUCUAAAUCCUCCGUUGGCUGGAUGCCAUCCACAGAGGUGAUUAUUCAUAUUUUUUUUAGAAUUCUUAACAUCCAUCACUUCUUGUGUUCUGGUCAAAUAGCUCAACACAGCUUGAAACAGACUUAUGCACCUGUUAGAUUGCGGUAGUUUGCUUACCGUCCCAAUUUGUGUGUAGCCUACCAGCAUUUUAUAUUUAGAUUUUUUUUUAUAGAUAUAUCAUUAUGAUUCUGUGAUUUCUGGUAGUUUUUAGAUUGACUGUGGGCUGUAUUACAUUGGCAAGUGUCUACUUUUUGCUUGCAGCUGCAGGGUGUCGAUUCCCAGUCAUUUACAACAGGGGUCAGUAUGCAGUAGUUCUUAAAGGAUGAAUGUACUGUACAAUCACUUUUAUAUAUCAAAUAGCACUGCCCCCUACUGGUUUCAAAAGACCUAGACCAAAUGUUACAAUCUGAGCUGCCCUCAAAUCGCAAAACGACACAUUGUUCUCAGUGGCUGCUCUUGUGUGAUGUCAAAAGAUAAGAAAUUCCUAGAUGAAAUAAGUUAAAAAAAAAUAAAAGUUCUCUUUAGUUUGUUUCGAUCUUCUGUAUUUUAAGUUUGAAGUUUAAAAAAAAGUUUUUUUUAUGGCCAUUGAAUAUAUUUUCUUUGUACUUUUAUUUCCCUUCUAUAGCUUCAACAGGUGUGUAUAUACUAGUAUUUCACAGGGUGUACAUUAACGGUAGAUUGACUUAAUAAACACACUGCAUUCAUGUGCUGCUGUGGCAAAGCCAUUUGUAGGCAAUUAUGUUUGUUCUGGAGCAAAAUCAUGUUCAUUUCCAUUUUCAAUGGAGUAUGUGUAUGAUUUGAGUUUGUGUUUUGUAUAAUCAUUAGGCAUUAUUUCUAAAAUAAUAAAAUCAUAGUGUUGCUUUUCCCUUUAGUUACCAUAUCAAUUGCUUAUUUCAUUCCAUAGACAAUGUGGAUGAGCAAAACGCCAAAAUGUGUUGUGCUGUUUUUUGGAAUGAUUUAACUCUUCAGUAUUCAACAGUUUCUUUCCUUUUCUUAUAAGUUAUAUUCUGUUUUUAUUGUGAAGGAAACAUAAUCAAACAAGGUUGUAACACUGACUUAUAUAGUCCAUUCUUUAUUCCAAUGCAACGCAGUAUAACGAUCAGGCUUUAACUUUGAUUUGUGCCACAAUUAAGUAUAAUAUUAUAUCAAAUUAAAAUUAUACUUCACUCUUUAUAUACAAUUAAUCUACAGUAUUCAGAUUGUUCUGUACAUAGUAAUGUGAAGGCAAUGUGAUGUGUUUUUAAAUGUGUCAUGCUGAAAUUAUUUGCAUAUUAUUUAAGGACCAAAAGGAAAUUGUUUAAAUUUGGGUCAAUCGAAUAACAAUUAUGCACCAUUAGCCUUAUCAAAUACACUUGGCUCCUAUGUAUGAAGGAUUCUGUAUUAUAAUGUUGUAUUUUGGGCAUGUUUGGUAUGUCUGUGGGGUUAUCAUAAUACCAACACUUUUUGAUUUAUAAAUCUAUAUUUUUUUCUGUAAAGGUUAAUCUGAACAAAAAUGCUAAGCCAAAAUAGGUAUGUAUGGAAUCAGAUGGUCAAACAGCAUCUAAAACAUCACAAGGAAUUUCAAAGAAUGUCUAUACUUUUUCUUUUUGUUAAUGCGUUUUCUGUUUUUAUCUCUUAUACACACACGUUUAUUAUCCUAUUGUAGCUAAUGAAAAUGUUUCCUACUAGGAUAAGGCUGUAACUCUAGUAAUGAUGCAUUUAAAGAUGGAGUUCUCUUGAUUUGCUGACUGUGGACAUAAUGUAAUUGAUUCGGGUUGUGUCAUAGCGUAAUGGAAAUUGUUUUUGGAAGAAAAACAAUCCUCUUCUGAUUAAUUCACAGCUAGACUGUAUCUCAAUUAUGACUCCUACAAGACUUGUGACAAAACACUUUAAUUGUCAUUCUUCUUUAAUCAGAAGGGCUGAAAAGCACUUAGAAGCUUAACCGUGCAAUGGACAGUGUUGGUGUGGCAAGGAAAACACUCUAUAAGUAUGAAAAUACAUAUUUAGCCGCAAUACAUUUUUAUUUCACACAUCUGUUUUCACAGAUGGAUCUGGAUAUCAACAUGGGGAUUAAAAACUUAAAGGAACCACAGAUGAUUUGCAGUUGCAGAAAUGUCUUGCUGUACUAGGAGGCUAAAGCUGUCAUUCAUUUCACACUAUUUAAAAGGUAUUGUCAGUAAAUGUUUAAGUUAACAAGAUACUGUGCCUUAUUAGACCCUGCUGAAUAUUGUGUUUAAAUAUUAUCCAUUCAUAAGCAAGUAAGGGUUUGCCUAUAAACAACCUUGUUUAAUUGGUGUUGACAUUGCAUUUUGUGAGAGAGUCAACUGUGACAGUAUUUUGGGGGGAAUUUGUGUAAUUUUUUUCUCAGUUUGCUCCUUGAUGUUUACAAAUCCUAUUCCAUCAUCUGAUCUCGUGUGAGUAAUUCAUUUGGACAUCUGAAUGUGACAUUUAUUUUUCCUUUUCAGUCUUCCACAGUUGUUAUAUUCAGCACAUUUUGAGAACAUACCCUUGGAUUGAUGUGGGGAGGGAACCCAGCCACAGUGACAAACAAAAAUCCUAACCUUUCAGUACCUGUAUGUCUGCCUUACAUCAGAACACACAGAAGUCAAUGGGCAUAACACCUUGGCGAUAACGACUCUUAAACGUGAAUCUAAAAAGGUCAUGUUUUCAACUACGUUGGUUGUAUGUAUAACAACACACACGUUACCAUACUAGUCUAAGGAUGCAAACGCGCAGGAAGGUUUAAUGCACCGAUUCUGAGGGAAUGAUAUGAUAUAUGAUAUGGUUUUGUGUGCCCACUUCAACGUUCUCAUUUAAUGAGUAGAAACAUGAGCUCCAGUCAGUAGCUGAGUCCCAGUGUUGUAAUAGAAUAGACAAUCAUACUAUAUGUCAGAUUGUGUCAGUAAUUCCACUAACUCUGCAAUUGUCAUUUUGAAAGCAAGUAUAAGUGUCACACGGGUACGCAGACGACCAAUUACAUUUUUGUAAUUGCAAUAUAAAGAAGUUGCAUCGCGAUAGUCCAAUAAAAGAUCAUGCGAACACA